AUGUCCCGCCGAGCACCACCCCACGACUACGACGAAGAUGAAUUCUACGAAAUGGAACGAGAGCGCGAGCGAGACCACAGACCGCGUCGCCGAUAUCGCGACUACGAGGAAGAUGCUGAAUAUCGUCGCCUAAGGUCCGACCCUCUAGUGGAGGACAUGGAGCGUAUGCACAUCCGAGAACGUCCCACGCGAGACUUCAUGGAAGAGAGCUUUGUGCCGCCGCGAGGAAGAGAUGAUAUGGUUCACAUGCGGCCAAGAGAGGAGGUAGAUAUGGUCUCACCAGAGCGAUAUAUGCCUCUAGACCGCGAUGAUCCCUACCCGCGGCCGGCUGAGUCCCGGCGUAGACCUCGUCCUCGUGAAGUAGACGAGGAAGACAUGAUUUUUGAGGAGCGAGAGAGACGCCGGGGUAGUCGGCGUCAUCCGCGAGACGUUGACGAGGAUUCGACUUUCGAGGAGAGAGGAAGACACGGGGAUAGGAGGCAUCGCCCUGAACGAGAGCGAGAAGUCGAAGAUGAUCUUUUUAUCGACGAAAGUAAAAUGCGUGGACUAAGAAGACGUCGUCCCGAACGAGAGCGAGAAGGCGAAGGCAGUGGUGUCUUCAUCGAGGAAAGAGAAAGGCGCGGAGGUAGGAGGCGCCGCCCGGAGCUAGCAUCCGAAGAGGAUUUUCUGUCCGAGGAAAGACCAAGGGAAAGACGCAGUGGUAGGAUGCGUCGUUCAGAGCCAGAAUUUGAGGAGGAUGGGGAGCUCCUUGUCGAACGGGAAAGACGCCGAGGCAGUAGGCGCCACCCUCGGGAAUUUGAAGAGGACGAUUUGGUCAUUGAAGACAGAGAAAUACAUAGAGGAGGCAGGCGUCACCCGGAACGAAGGUCUGAGGACGAUCUGCUCUACGAUGAGAGAGAAAAACGCCACCGCAGGCGACAGCGGGAAUUAGAGGAAGAGGAAAUGCUCAUUCGGCGGAAAGAAAGAGAAGGGCCUCCCUUACGUCGCGGAUGGGACAGUGAGCUCGACAUUCAAUCGCGUGAAAGAAGAUUGGAGUUCGAGGAAGAGCCAUACCACCGACCACGGCCACGGCCUCCGCCUCCCCAAAGGGUCAAGGUGGAAGAGGAUCUGCUUGACAAUGCGCCUCCCGAGCGAUGCCGAGGCCCAGUCGACUUUCCAGAUCUAGAGUUUGAAGAUGACAUGGCCAUCCGGCGAAAGGACAAGGGACCACGACCAGUCGACCGUGUUGAUGAGGAGGAAAUAGUUAUACGCGGUCGUGAAAAACGGCGCAGUGUACCUUCGGAGGAUCUCGAACGUGAAUUAAGAGGUCUUCGGCGAGAGGGCAGAGGCCGGAUUCCACGGGAUGAAGAGCUUAGCGCGAGUUCGCAGUUUGACUCCAAGUCACGCACCAGAGACGUUGAAGAGGUUGAGGAAGAGAUCAAGAUUCGGAAGUCAAAUGACAAACUCCCAUCUCGCCAGCCCUCGAUACAUGUACCCCCAAUCCACCAAGGCAUGUUCACCCGUCAUACGCACUUUGACCAUGGCUAUAAAGACGCUCAUACCCCUCGUGUGCGGAGUCCGCAACCGCGGUCCCGAAGAGGUAGUCUUGAUGAGAUCGAUAUUCCACAUCGAAGAAUGCAAGGUGGACGAAUGUCAGAGGAAAAUAUAGUCCUCAAACACCGUGACAGUGAAGAGUCUCUGACUCCGGAAGACUCAAUAUCUCCAACUAGCGGCCCAGCUGUUGAUUUCAGCGACCCGUGGGAGCGAGAAACAAGAUCUGCAACACGUCGUCGGCCGCCUAAGUCGCUGGAAGACGAGAGCGAGUCGGAUUAUAGUCUCGGAAUAAGUGAGGCUCCUUCCAUGCGCGAAGUGGAAAAGGAUAUAAUGAUUGAGAGCACGCGGGCAGUGAACAAGGGCCCUAGAAGCACGGACGACUGGUCUGUGGUGCAUGCUCUAUCUCCUGAUGAAGCCAUCGAGAUGACCGGAGCUCUAGACGUUGUUGAGGUUAAACCCCGACAUUCGUCAGUGGACAAAGCAGAAGUGGGACGAGUCGCUCAGCAGGUGACGGAGCCGGAGGCACGGAACGAUCGGUGGACGGAAAUUGCGAAGAGAUUGGUAGUGAGGGAAGCUAUUGAGCAGAUGGGAUUUGAGUACGAAGAGACAAGGACAUGCUACUACAUCUUCUCGUACCUUAAGCCGGAUGACAUAGAGGACCUUGUCGAGUUGUCCGAUGACAUUCGAAGUGCUCGUCGCAGACGCAUUCGUGACAUCCAGCGGGAGCGGGCUUCUGUCCCUGAUAUCAUACCCCAUAUGAGACCCCGUGUGGGAAUGCCUCCGCGAACACGGAUGAUAGAGAAGCGCAUGCAAGAUAUUCGAGAUCGAGAAUGGAUGCAUUCUCGGCGGUAA